GGCUUCCUGUCUCUCCCAGCUCGUAGGUGUGUUUGUACUCACCUGAAAAAGUUAGACACAGAUGAAAUACCUUCGGCCUCAGGGAAGUCAGAAAAACUUCAGUCUGAUUCCAACAGCAUUAGUAGUGGGAGACACCACAAGCGCCGGGUUUACAGGAAAAUACCGAACCAAAGAUCAAAGAUGUGACACCGAUCAGGAUGUACCACUGAUGGAGUCUGAAAAAAUCAACGGGGGAGACCUUUUCCCCCCAGCAACCCACAUAUUCAAUGAAGCUUCUAAUCCUGCACCAUCCAGAAGGCCCCAUGAUGUCACAGAGUUUAUCACCAUGAGUAAUGUUUCUGAAGAGGGGAUGGCAGAGAAGAAGGAAGAGAUCUCCUUUUCCCAAGACUUAGCACUUCUCUUUGUUAUGGAAGAACAGAUAUGGGGCAGACUGUCUAACACCAUGGAAAGAGAGACCUCUGCAGGACCAGAAAAAUGCCAGAGUGAUCCAGAGAACUGUGCAGGACUUUCAGAGAAAGAAAUUGCUCUCAAUAUACAAGAAGCGAAUUUGGAGGAUAUCAAGGAUCUGCCUUUGAGUUGCCAUCAUGGAGAACUUACAGCUGCUUAUUCCUUAGGGAGUCACCAGCCUUCUGUUUUCAAUACAACCACCGUGACAAGCACUACCAGUGAAGUCAAAGGGGGACAAGUGGAGAUUGGAUUUUCCCAAGCUCUGGACCCUUAUGACACAUUCCCUCAGACACAGUGUGGGGAAACUGUGAGAACAGACACUUUUCCUGCCUAUGAAUGUCCCUCAGUGACUCAUGGUAUUACAAAGCGUCACCAAAACGCUGAAUCUUCCAAAGCCAGAUCAGAUGAAGAUCACUCACGGGAACUAGAGGCACAACAUGAGAUGGACAAGAGACUUUUAGAAGGUACUUGGGGGACUGAUAAGGAGAUGGCCUCUAAGAUGGAGGGAUCUGGUUCAAUACAGUUCAAUUUUUCUACAAAGGAUGAUGUGGAGAAAGUAAGAGAGUUAAAGGGACAAAGAGAAGAUGUGAAAUCUUCUGCUCCUUUUCAGUCAAGCUCUGAACGUUCUGAAGACAGGACAAUCAAUGCAUAUGUGAUGCAAGCACAGCCUAAUGGAAUUUUGUGUCUGCUACCCUCUAAGACAGGAAAGGAUCAGUCAGGCAUGGAUGAGGAAGUGGCAGAAAUGGGGCAAAACUCAUUUAUUUACACUGUCCUCCAUCUCAAGGAGGAGGAACAAGAUGACACAGGUGAAAGCAAGACUCAUUUACUAAAGGAGACAAACCAGACAAAACAUGCUAAAAACAAUACAGAUUGUGGUGAAGCAGAAGCAGACCAGAAAGAACUAUCAAAAGCAAUGGAGCCAGAGAUGGAGGCAUUGGAGUUAGUAGACAAUGGACACUAG